AUGGGCGAGCGCCCCAGCCUUGCCCAGCCCGACCUAUCACUUGGUUUAGAUGAUACAUUGAGACUCUCCAACGAUUACUUGAGUAAUCUGACCGAUGCAGUUUCGGAAAUCCGAAUCAGUCAGACUUACAACGCUUCCACUACCCCUGGCGCCAUACCGGCGCCGGAACCCGAACAGCAUUCUCAACUGCUGAUUCUCUCCACCUACGUCUGUCUGAUCGAGUUAUAUAAGAAGACACUGCAACACGUCAAGGCUUGGACAGAGGCCCGAUUGAAUACGGAUACCACUGCUCUCAACAAGACCUUUCCCACCCAGCUUACCAGUGUGACAAUCGGCUCCUACCAGUUACCGGCGUCCUCACCCAUGCAGACACUUGUCUUGGUGGGGACCAUUGAGGGGAUCUUGGCCAAAAUAAGCGACCUAGUCGACGAGAUCAUGCGGCCGGCGAGGUCCCCUCACGAACCACCGGACACGCCCGGUGCCGCGAUCUACAAGGAGGACACCAGUCCCCCCAGUGCACCGUCUAGUGUGGCUCAGGCAAGCCUGCAAGCAAUACGGGGCCAAGAAGAUGCAAUUAUGGCACUCGUACAGGAGGUUUGGGCAUUGGCUGUCCGAUGUAGGGCUUCUUGA